AUGUCUUCCCUCCAAAUGGUUCCUCUCAGCAAACUUCGUUACCAAAAGCUAAGACACGAAAAGGGUUCAGAUGAUGAAAGGGACAGAGUGAGUGAGAAGCCAAGAUUCAGGUUCAAAAGGGUUCCCAUCAGGAGAAGGUUCAGGCUCAAAAUCUCAAGCUUCAGAAAACUAUGGAGAAAAAGAGGCAGGUUGGUUUCUUCCGUCAGAGUUUCGUAUGCCAAAGUGUUGAAAAGAUUCAAGGAUGGACAAGUCCAUUUCGGUGAUCUUUUUGCUGGCAACUACUUGUUCAUGCAUGUCAAUCCUACAUCACUCAAGUCCCUUCAAAGAGAUCUCCACCUUUCAAAAAUUCCAUAG